CACUUCUCUCAUUAUUAUCGAAAAUGUCCGAAAGAAAUAAUGACGUAGGAUUGUGAAUUUACAAAAAUUUAACUAAACUUUAGUGUUAUUUAAUCGUGAAACUCGCGAAAAUAUCAUUAUUAUUAAAGUGCCAAUAGGAUUUAAAUUCUAUAAAUAGUAUUUCUUCUAGUUUCAUGAAGAAUUCUGCACUUUAACGCACAUGAAAAUGUCAGACCAAUUUGGACCUAUUACCCUGAAAUGGGAUCCUAAGAAUUUGGAAAUUCGUACAAUGUCCGUGGAGAAGACUUUGGAACCAUUGGUACUGCAAGUAACCACAUUGGUGAAUACAAAAGGCCCAAGCAAAAAGAAGAAAGGAAAAUCGAAAAGAGCUAGUGCUCUUGUGGGAACUGUAGAAAAAGCUACUGCAAAUUUCAUCGAAAAGGGAGAACAAAUUGCUUACGAAAAUCCUGAUAUUACCGCUGAAAUGUUGAGCGCAGUUGAAGAAGUCAAAAAAUCGGGUGAUUCAAUGAGUAUUGCAGCUCGUGAAUUUUCAGAUGAUCCUUGCUCAUCUCUAAAACGUGGAAAUAUGAUUCGCGCCGCAAGGAGUUUACUCUCAUCAGUAACUCGUCUAUUAAUUUUAGCAGACAUGGUUGACGUGCAUUUACUUUUGAAAUCGUUGCAAGUAGUUGAGGAGGAUUUAAAAAAAUUACAAAAUGCAUCAUCACAAGGAGAAUUGCUCGAAAAUAUCAAACAAUUUGGUAGAAAUGCAACAGAAUUAAUGAAUCAAGCCGCAAAACGACAACAGGAAUUAAAAGAUCCUCAACUUCGUGAUGAUUUAGCAGCAGCUAGAGCCGUACUCAAGAAACAUUCGACGAUGUUGCUCACGGCCUCGAAAGUUUAUGUCCGACAUCCAGAGCUUGCGGCUGCUAAAGCAAAUCGAGAUUAUGUUAUGAAACAAGUUUGCGAAGCUGUCAAUACUAUUAAUGAUGUUGCUCAAGGGAAAACUUCUAAUAAUCAGCAUCCUUACGAUGGACCAGGUGAAUUGGCUGCCGCUUUGGAUGAGUUUGACGAGAGAAUGGUCAUGUCACCGCUUGCAUAUAAUGAGGUUCGCACUCGUCCAAGUCUUGAAGAAAGAUUAGAAAGUAUUAUUAGUGGAGCUGCACUCAUGGCAGAUUCCUCCUGCACUCGAGAUGAACGCAGGGAACGCAUCGUUGCCGAGUGCAAUGCCGUGAGGCAGGCCCUUCAAGAUUUGCUCAGCGAAUACAUGAAUAAUUUGCUGAUUGCUCGGGGUGGUAAAAGGAUGGGAGUGAAAGAACAAUCAGAAGGCCUAGAACGUGCGAUUGAUCACAUGUGCAGAAAAACUCGCGAUCUCAGAAGACAAUUGCGUAAAGCUGUUGUUGAUCAUGUUUCUGACAGUUUUCUCGAAACAAGUGUACCAUUACUUGUUUUAAUAGAAGCCGCUCGUAAUGGUCGUGAUAAAGAAGUGGAGGAAUAUGCUCUCGUAUUUACUGAACAUGCAAACAAAUUAGUGGAGGUUGCAAAUCUGGUUUGUAGCAUGUCAGGAAAUGAAGAUGGAGUGAAGAUGGUACGUUAUGCAGCUGCUCAAAUUGAAAAUCUUUGUCCCCAAGUAAUAAAUGCUGCUCGUGUUUUGGCUGCUCGUCCUCGUUCUAAAGUUGCUCUCGAUAAUAUGGAAGUUUUCCGUCAAGCAUGGGAAAAUCAAGUUCGAGUUCUCACUGAAGCAGUUGACGAUAUAACGACAAUUGACGAUUUUCUUGCCGUCUCUGAGAAUCAUAUUCUUGAAGAUGUUAAUAAAUGCGUUCUGGCACUUCAAGAAGGAGACGCAGACACAUUGGACAGAACGGCUGGAGCAAUUCGAGGACGUUCGGCUCGUGUUUGUAAUGUCGUUCAAGCGGAAAUGGACAACUACGAACCAUGUAUCUACACGAAGAGAGUUCUUGAAGCAGUAAAGGUAUUGAGGGAACAAGUCAUGCCGAAGUUUGCUCAAAGGGUGGAAAUUGCUGUCGAUGCUUUGGGCAGCAAUCCAGCAAAGGACGUUGAUGAAAAUGAUUUCAUCGAUGCAUCUCGUCUCGUUUACGAUGGAGUACGAGAAAUUAGACGUGCCGUUUUAAUGAAUCGGGCUGACGAGGAUUUGGAUCCAGAAGAUGUGGAAUUGGAUGAGCACUAUACCCUUGAAACGAGAAGCAAGUCAAGUGCUCAAACCGGUGAACAUGGCGUUGAUGAAUAUCCUGAAAUCAGUGGUAUCACAACAGCACGUGAAGCAAUGCGUAAGAUGCCAGAGGAAGAUAAGCAAAAAAUUCUACAACAAGUUGAAUUUUUCAGGAGUGAAAAAUUGAAAUUCGACAAAGAAGUUGCCAAGUGGGAUGACGCAGGAAACGAUAUAAUUGUUCUUGCAAAACACAUGUGCAUGAUUAUGAUGGAAAUGACAGAUUUCACUCGUGGUCGUGGUCCAUUGAAGACUACAAUGGACGUUAUUAAUGCGGCUAAAAAAAUUUCCGAGGCCGGUACGAAACUUGAUAAAUUAACGAGACAAAUUGCUGAUCAAUGUCCUGAGAGUUCAACGAAAAAAGAUUUACUUGCUUAUUUACAACGCAUUGCCCUCUAUUGCCAUCAAAUGAACAUUACAAGUAAAGUAAAGGCCGACGUUCAAAAUAUUAGUGGGGAAUUGAUCGUUUCCGGCUUGGAUAGUGCCACAUCAUUAAUUCAAGCAGCUAAAAAUUUAAUGAACGCUGUCGUUCUCACGGUUAAGGCGUCUUAUGUCGCAUCAACCAAGUAUCCAAGACAAUCGACUGUAACGUCUCCAAUCGUAGUUUGGAAAAUGAAAGCACCCGAGAAGAAACCUUUAGUUCGACCUGAACGUCCUGAGGAAGUGAGAGCAAAAGUUCGUAAAGGUUCACAGAAAAAGGUUCAAAACCCAAUUCAUGCUCUUUCUGAAUUCCAGAGUCCAACAGAAAGCGUAUAAAAAUUUACAAGUAAAAAAAGAACAAAAACUUGCUGAAAGUUUACGCAAUCUUAAAUCCAAAUACAAGGUAACAUAUCGUUUUAUGUUUUAAAAAUACCUAAGAUAAUAUGUACGUCUUUAUUAAGUUUUUUAAAGAUGUUUUCCAUAUGGCAGUAAAGAUUAAAAUAAAAUGCAAGUAUUGUGAGGAAAUAAAAGAAUAAGUAUUCAAAUUUUA